AUGGUCAAGAUUGCAAUUGCUGGCGGCUCGGGGAACGUCGCCUCGGAAAUCAUCGAUGUCCUCGUCGCCACGAAAAAGCAUGAGAUUUUGAUUUUCUCGAGAAAGGAUGCUCCCGCUGGCAAACCCGUAGAGGGCGUAACAUGGAUCAAGCCCGACUAUGACAGCGUCGAGCAGCUCACCCAAACUCUGCAAGGAGUGCAUACCCUCCUCUCCUUCGUCACUGAGCAGGAAGGCGCGGAGAGUCCUAUUCAGAAACGGCUCAUUACUGCCGCUGUCCAGGCUGGAGUGAAGCGAUUUGCGCCGAGUGAAUGGGCCACGUCUACCACUCAACAUCUCCCCUGGUAUGCGUACAAGGCGGAGAUCCGGCGGUACCUCACAGAGCUGAACAAGGACAAGAAGGUCCUCGAGUACACCCUCUUCCAACCAGGCCUCUUCGCAAACUACUUUACACGCCCGUACAAGUCAUCGACCUAUAUCCACCAGAUUGAAACUCCUAUCGACUUUGAGAAGCGCCGCGCGAUUCUCGUAGAGGACGGCGAUGAGGGCGUGAUUACCUUGACGACAGUGCAGGACUUUGCGGCCGUCGUCGCGCGAGCAAUCGAGUACGAGGGCGAGUGGCCUGUCGUCAGUGGUAUUCGCGGAACGACGCUUUCGGUGCGUGAGCUGAUUGCACUGGGCGAGAAGCUUCGAGGUCCCUUCAAAAUCGAACGCGUCAAAGCCUCCGACUUCGAAGCCGGAACGUGGGAGACCUCGUGGAUCCCCCGGGUCGACCACCCGUCCAUCCCGCCGGAGCAGGUCGAUGUCUUCUCGAAGCUCGGCGUUGCAGGGAUCACGUUGGCCAUCAGUGCUGGUGCAUUUGCGGUUUCGGAUGAGUGGAAUCGACUUUUGCCCGACUAUGAGUUUACGGCGCUUGAGCCGUUUUUGAGGGGGUUUUGGGAGGGGAAGCCCUAGAGUCAGAGGGUCGAAGCUUUAUUUUGCAAGGUCAAGCGAGAGGGGUAGUGAGAAGAAAUAUAUAUGCUCAUCACAAUUUUUCAGAGUAUAAAUCACAC